AUGCUCCUGAUGAUGGUGUACGACCAGGACAAGUUCCGCGACGAUGUCAUCGGCCAGACGUACAUCGACCUGGAGGAUCGCUGGCGCAGCAGGCACCGUGCCACGGUGGGCCUGGCACAGGAGUACUCGCGGGCAGGCUACAACCAGUGGCACGACGUCAGCCUGCCGUCGGAGAUACUCAAGGAUCUGUGCCAGCAGCGGGGCAUUCAGCCGCCCUACUACUACGGCAACGUGGUCGAAGUGGAUGGGCUGCUCUUUGGCGAUGAAACAACCAUAGCAAGGGGUGAGGAGCUGCACGAACGCCUCAGCCUGACAGUGUUGAAAAACAUUGAGAAGUUGCCCUCCUUUGGCUACAAGCUGGUGCCUGAGCACGUGGAGACGCGUUCCCUCUACCGCGAUGAUUAUCCCAAUGUGGAACAGGGCAAGCUCCAGCUGUGGAUAGAGCUGUUCGAGGCCAGCACAUACAUUCCCUUUCCAGUGGACAUCACACCCGUGCCACCCGCUGCGUACGAGAUUCGUGUUGUGGUCAAAAAUCUGCGAGGCAUCCAGGCGGGCGACAGAAAUGUUUUUGGCAAACUAAUGAGCGACCUCUUCGUGACGGGCUGGUGCCAGGAUAUAGACAAGCGCCAAUCAACCGAUAUCCAUUACCGUUCAUUUACCGGCGAUGCUGCCUUUAAUUGGCGCAUGAUAUUCCCCAUGAUGUACUCCCCCAAUGAGGACAUGAUGGUCUUCCGCCGCCGUGGUGGAUUGUUCGAGGAGGUUGAGAUCAAGCGACCGCCGGUUAUCUAUCUGCAGAUUUGGGACAGAGACAUGAUAAAACGCAACGACUAUCUGGGCUCCCUGGAACUCAAUCUCUCCAACAUGCCCAUGCCGUAUGAGACGCAGGGGCAGUGCAGGGCCUAUGCCAAGCAGCGCCAGCGACUCAAUCUCUUCCAUCGCAGGUCCAUCCAAGGCUGGUUCCCCGUGGAGAGUGCCAAGCCAAAGUCUGGUCUGCCCAUCACCUCAACAAAUGGCAAAAUGGAACUGGAAAUCGAUGUCUGCACAUCGGUGGAGGCCUCAAAUCAACCCGCUGGCCACGGCCAUGAUCCACCCAUGGCAUUGGAGAGGCCCAAGUACAUAGCAUUCCAUUCAUGA